CGGAACCCACCCAUGGGGCACCGGCUCCCCACGUCCACUCGCCCGGCCGCGCCCAGCCCGGCGCCCGGAGCCGCGCAGAGGAGGAGCCCGGCGCAGUGACCGAGGAGCCGCUGGAGACUCUGGAAGCCUCGGCGGCGGCGGCGGUGGUGACCAGACAGGCAAGCGGUCCCCCGCGGCUCCAGGCGCUUCCAGGCAGCCCUCCAGGCUGUGCCAGAGGCCCAGCCCGCCAUUCUCAGGCCGAAAACGCACGCCUGGACCGGAGCCACGCAGAGGAGGCCAAGGCUGCCAGCAAGAGGCUGCAGGGCCGGGUCCAGGGCCUCCUGACGCCUGCGCCCCGCUCCGCGCCGCAGACCCGAGCCAUGAUGAAGACCGUGUCCAGCGGGAACUGCACGCUCAGCGUGCCCGCCAAGAACUCGUACCGCAUGGUGGUGCUGGGCGCCUCGCGCGUGGGCAAGAGCUCCAUCGUGUCCCGCUUCCUCAACGGCCGCUUCGAGGACCAGUACACGCCCACCAUCGAGGACUUCCACCGCAAGGUCUACAACAUCCGAGGUGACAUGUACCAGCUGGACAUCCUGGACACGUCCGGCAACCACCCGUUCCCUGCCAUGCGCAGGCUCUCCAUCCUCACAGGUGAUGUCUUCAUCCUGGUGUUCAGCCUGGAUAACCGGGAGUCCUUCGAUGAGGUCAAGCGCCUCCAGAAGCAGAUCCUGGAGGUGAAGUCCUGUCUGAAGAACAAGACCAAGGAGGCGGCCGAGCUGCCCAUGGUCAUCUGUGGCAACAAGAACGACCACAGCGAGCUGUGCCGCCAGGUGCCCAGUACCGAGGCCGAGCUGCUGGUGUCCGGGGACGAGAACUGCGCCUACUUCGAGGUGUCGGCCAAGAAGAACACCAACGUGGACGAGAUGUUCUACGGGCUCUUCAGCAUGGCCAAGCUGCCCCACGAGAUGAGCCCGGCCCUGCACCGCAAGAUCUCCGUGCAGUACGGCGACGCCUUCCACCCCAGGCCCUUCUGCAUGCGGCGGGUCAAGGACAUGGGUGCCUAUGGCAUGGUGUCACCCUUUGCCCGCCGCCCGAGUGUCAACAGUGACCUCAAGUACAUCAAAGCCAAGGUCCUUCGGGAGGGCCAGGCCCGCGAGCGGGACAAAUGCACCAUCCAGUGAGCAGGAGGGACGCGGGGGUGGGGCAUGGGCAGUGCGUUCGCGAGGCGGCCCCAGAUGCCCGCUGCCCGCGUCCUCCCCCACCCUGCCUAACGAGACCCCGACACCCCGACACCCCGACGGCCGUGCGAAGGGCCCUGGCGCCAGACUGGGGGACCCCAGCCUCUGACCUCUGUAGGUUCUGCCGCCUUCUCGCCACUUCCCCUGAUUCUGCUUUUCAGAGUCCCCCCCCCCCCCCCCCCGGCUUUCAGCUCCUCCGUGCGGGGCCGCAAACAAGGUUGGGAGACGUCUGGACUCGGAGCCGGAGCUGGCCCGUCCUUGGGGUCGGCGGAGGGGCCAGACUCCCUACCUUGACGGAGCAUCCUGGAACAGUCAGGGGGGACGAGCCCGGAGCCAGGUGGGAGAGGUCUCCACUGUGCGGGACCCGAGCCCCCGCCCCCUCCCCGUCCCCCCACUGUCCCCCCGGCGUCCCUGACGACGAGCCCCCGCGGCCAGGUGUUGGGAGAGGGGCGUGGCCACGCCCCAGACCGCGCCCGCCGCGGCACCGCCUCCCUCCGCCUCCUGCCUGCGUCCGCGGGUGUGCUUUGCAGUUCCUGCUGUCCUGCGUCCCGCUGUCCUCACGUCGUGCAGUAGCUGUAGGAACGGAAAUCCUUGUACUGUAAAGCCUCCCCGCCUCUUGGGCCAGGCCCCGGCCCGGCUAGACCCGCUGCCUCUGUGGGGGCAGCCCCCGCCCCCGCCCCCGGCCGACCCGGCCUCCCUGCAGCUGGACACUGCCCUCGGUUCUGAGCUUCACAGUUUACACUCGCGCAGACGGGGCGGGCAGGGGCUGCUGCGCCCGGGCCCCACCCCACCCCCAUAUC